CAUUAACCCUAGUAUAGGACUCUUUGUUUUGGAGCUAGCAAACUCUUUUGUUUUCCUAUUUUUGCAUCUUCUUGGUGCCAUUUAUAAUAUCUCUUACUUCACCAAAAAAAAUAAGUUCCCAAAAUAUGACUACCUUGAGUUGGCCAAAGCAUAACCAAAGCUUGGGCACACCAGUGUUUGCGUGAAUUUUAUGGAUGUUCCUUACCUUUAUCCUUCUGUGCUUAUGUAGCAUCUGUCUUGGUUAAUCUUUUCUGAAGUCUAUAGUGUAUUUCUGUGUUGCAACAUGAGUUUACUGUCAAUCUUACUGUUUGACCUCAAUUUUGGGUUCUUUUUGAUUUUGAAAGACAUCGUUUAACAGGUUGGCAUGGCUGCUACUCUUGCUGGUGUCUGUCAGGUGCCUCUCACUGCUGUUUUGCUUCUCUUUGAACUGACACAGAAUUAUCGGAUAGUUCUGCCCCUCUUGGGAGCUGUGGGGUUGUCUUCUUGGGUUACAUCUGGACAAACAAGGAAAAGUGUAGUGAAGGAUAGAGAAAGACUAAAAGAUGCAAGAGCCCACAUGAUGCAGCGACAAGGAACUUCUUUCUCCAACAUUUCUAGUUUAACUUAUUCUUCAGGUGUGAAACCUUCACAGAAAGAGAGUAACCUAUGCAAACUUGAGAGUUCCCUCUGUCUUUAUGAAUCUGAUGAUGAAGAAAAUGAUUUGGCAAGGACAAUUCUAGUUUCACAGGCAAUGAGAACACGAUAUGUGACAGUUCUAAUGAGCACCUUGCUAACGGAGACCAUAUCCCUCAUGCUAGCUGAGAAGCAAUCUUGUGCAAUAAUAGUUGAUGAAAAUAAUUUUCUCAUUGGUCUGCUGACACUUAGUGAUAUCCAGAAUUACAGCAAGUUGCCAAGAGCAGAGGGCAAUUUCCAGGAGAUCAACUUGAUUGGCACAGAGCUUAUGAAAAGAGUUUCUCAGGCGGACCGGCAAGUUAUAGAUUUGCGCACCGAGGCUGAUAACUGGAAGGAACAAUUCGAAGGUCUUCAAUUGGAAAAAGAGGUUCCGGCGGAAGAGAAGAAUGCUUUGGAACAACAGAUGAGAGUGAUUGCCUCUGAAUUAGCAGUUGAAAAAGCUUCCUCGAGCCAGGUUGGAAAGGAUAAGUAUAUACUUGAAUCCUCCUUUGCUGAACAACUUUCCAAGGCAACUGAAGAAAUAAGGAGUUUGAAGGAACUCCUUAAUCAAAAAGAGGUUUAUGCGAGAGAAUUGGUUCAAACACUUACUCAAGUUCAGGAAGAUCUCCGUGCCUCUACUUAUAAGAUUCAGUUCUUGGAAAGUUCUCUCGCUUCUUUGAAGACAGCUUACGAUGCCUCUGAAGCAGAAAAAGAAGAGCUGAGAGCUGAGAUUUACCAGUGGGAGAAGGAUUAUGAGAUUCUCGAGGAUAAUCUAUCGUUGGAUGUAAGUUGGGCUUUCUUAAACACUCGUCUCGAGACUCUAGUUGAAGCCAACCAUGAGGGUUUUGACCUUAAUGCUGAGAUUGCUAAGGCUAAAGAAGCAAUUGAUAAAACUCAGCAACGUCAAAUCUUUUCCUCACCUGAAGACGAAGGUCCCGAAGGUGAUGGAGAUUGACUUGUUCCUGGUGGGGCUGAUGUUCAAGCCUCUUCUUCUCAAGUUAAUCAUUCUGCUCCCGUGGAUGAUGCUCCUUAUUUUUCUCCUGCUUUUUUGUUAACUUUUAUUUUGUCGCUUUUCUCUUAGCUUAACAACUUUUUGGAAGGUUGUUUUUUGGUUACCCCUGUCUUCUUUUGGGGUUUAAUGACAAACUAAUACCUCUGUUGUUCCCAAGGUUUAA